UUCUUAUUUUUCAGUUUUUAUGGAUUAAAUUAAUUAUUUUAAAACAAUUAAAAAAAAAUAUAUAAAGUAACCUACAUUUAAUUUGACAGUGGGACAUUUAAAAGGAUGACCGAGAUUGAUGGAAUCUUGACUAAUCAAGCCUUACUAGCGUAAAAAAAUUACAGAUGCUUAUUUAAUUUGAGAAAAAAACUCGAACAAUAGUCUUGUUGGAUAUAAUUAUUUACUACGAAGAUUUUAUACACUUUAUAAGCUGAUCCAAUUCUUUGUUCUUUCGACCCUAACUUGGACUACGCUAUGCCUAAACGAUUCAACAAUGCACGCAAGGUGAGGCAACCUGCCAAAAGGGCAAAUACAACGGAUAUAAAACGUGAACAUCCCUGUACACGGUAUUCUAACGUUGGAGUUCAUAGCACCAUACAACCGAAAUACAACUAAACCAAUAUGAUGAAACUGGUAGUGUUUGUAUCUCUUCUGGCUGCAGUUAACUGUGCUACACUUGACCAUCUCCUGGGAUAUAAUGCAGGCGGCGCCGGUGCCGCGCCUUUCCGUUUUGAAAAUGUCAACAACGGGGACGGUUCUUAUAGCUUUAGCUAUGAUACUCCAAAUGGAAUCUCCGCGCGUGAGAGCGGUUCUCCUAGAGCCCCAGGUCCCGAGGGCCCUGCAGUGACAGCCGAGGGGGCCUUCUCAUAUCGAGCCCCUGAUGGCCAGCAGAUAUCUCUUACAUACACAGCUGAUGAAAACGGCUUUCAUCCAUCGGGCUCUCAUCUUCCAACGCCGCCUCCUAUACCAGAAGCUAUCUUACGCUCCCUCGAGUACAACAGACAAAACCCAUCGAACGAAGGUUCUUACAACGGACGCCGUAGCUACUACUAAGGAUUAGUUGAAACUCAUUUGAUGGACUGUGAUAACGUGACUACUAUCUUAAUCUGUGACAUAUUUUUCAAUAUCAGUGGCUUUUGAAUAAAGCUAUCGUAAUA